CUUGACGUAGAGUCCAUCAACAUUUCAGUCGAGUUGGGUGCACCCUUCUUGCAUGCAGGGGUGAACAGGGACAUCAACAACUGGAGGAGGAGGUUGGUGAGUCUCCUGACCCCAAUGUUGGAUCUAACACUACUCAUGUCCCGGAUAAACGUGUUGCCGCUCCCCCACCUAUGGUUGCUCCUGCUAAUGCUUUAGUUCAUGAGGCACGUGAGUUGGAAGAUGAAGAAGCUGGAUCACAGCCACAACAACCUUAUGUUGGCAUGCGCUUCGACACAUUAGAGGAUGCGAGGGAACACUACAAUCGCUAUGCUUUGAUGGAGGGCUUUUCAAUCAAGUCAAAUACGUCUUACAGGUCGGCCUACACAGAUGUGGUGGAAAAACAGCAAUUCUGCUGUAACAAGUUCCGCAAACCAGUAGAGAGGGUUGGGAUCCCGGAUGUUCCCUCAUCGAGCAAAAACACUACAUAUCCAAGCUCACCUGAACAAGAUGUUGAAGAUGAUGUCGAGGAACACACUUUCAAGAAGAAGAGGAAACGGGAAACUGUGAAGCAAACAAAAUGCCGUGCUAAGAUGGUGGUGAAGCUUAAAGAUGACAGAUGGGAGGUUAUCACUUUUAUUGCAGAUCAUAACCAUCCACUAAUUGAGAAGCCAUCGCUUUCGAAAUACCUCCGUUCUCACCAAGGAAUCCCGCCGGAACAGAAAGAACUACUGACUCACCUAAAUGACUGCAACUUGACAGCAGGAAAAAUGAUGAUGUUAAUGUCAUCAUACUACGGUUCAGAGUUGAUUGUUCCGUACACAGCUAAAGCCAUCCAUAACCACUGUUCGAAGCUCAACGCCCCAACUAAAGACAUUGGCAUUGAAGAAACACUAAACUAAUUUUGCAAGGUGAUGGAAAAUGACCCAGGAUUAUUCUUUAAAUGCAAGACAGAUGCGGAAGGCGGGACAGAAAACUUGUUUUGGGUGGAUGGUGCGGCACGGAAAGCAUACACGGAGGCUUAUCAUGAUUGCGUGUCAUUUGAUGCAACUUACCUCACGAACAUGUACAAUAUGCUGUUUGCCCCCUUCAUUGGAAUCAACAGACAUGGGCAGUCAAUAAUGCUUGGGUGUGGAUUUGUCCGGCAGGAACUAGCCUCAAGUUAUGACUGGUUAUUUGAUGCUUUCCUAGAAGCAAUGGAUGGUUUGGCUCCGGACAACAUCAUCACGGACCAAGAUGUUGCUAUGGCACAAUCUAUCAAGAGGAAGUUCCCGGCAAUGAUUCACCGUUGCUGCGGUUGGCAUAUAAUGAAGAAAGCACAAGAGAAGCUUGGCCCCGUGUUGGCUAGGAACCCGGAUUUGGUAAAAGACUUCAAUGAAUGCAUUGACUUCAGUUUCACCUCGGCUGAGUUUGAAAGGAAACGGGCUGCACUUCAAUGGAAAUAUGAAGGUCUUAUGCAUGGUCACUUUGAGAAACUCUAUGAAGAUCGGGCUACAUGGGUGCCGUGUUACUUCAAAUUCAGGUUCUUCCCUUUCCUUCAGUCAACGCAAUGCAGCGAAGGGUUCAAUGCUGUGUUGAAGCGCUAUGUGAACCCACACAAGUCAAUUCUCAACUUCGUCAAGCAAUAUGAGAAAAUUCAGGUACACAUACUCGUGAGGGAGGACGGGAACGACUACCGGACAAAACAUCUAGAGGCACAAAGAUGGUCGCGUUUCCCCAUUGAGAGGCAUGCCUACAAAGCAUACACUAGGGACAUCUAUGUGAAGUUUAGAACUGAGUUUCAGAUGAUUGGCCAGUACGAUGUGUGUCCCGCUAGAAUCAACUUCUAUUACCUUGAGCCCAAUACAGAAGAAGUCCUAGGGUAUGGCUCGAGGAAGUACCUAGUCACAGUGAGACCAGAGCCAGCUAUCUACGAUUGCGAAUGUUGCAAGUGGCAUAGGGACGGCAUGCUUUGUUGCCAUGUCUUGAAAAUCUUCACACACCUUGGCGUUAAUGAGAUACCUGAACACUACAUCAAGCGCCGCUGGAUGCAACAUGCAGUACCAAGUGCACCACCGCCACCUAACAAGGGCCCUCCGCAUGACUUGCCCGCUGAGUUAGAGAACCAAGUUCGGCAAGUGACUCUGACAAUGGAUUUUGCAAAGCUAGCCAAGAAGGCAAUGACUAGUGAUGAGGCAGCCGCUGUAGUCAGGAGGCACAUGAAAGCAGCAGAUACCGAGGUUACUAAGCUGAAUAAAUUGAGGAAGAAGAGGCUAAAGGCAGCCCGGGAAGCGGCUCGUGCUAGGGAAGCAUCAAACCCUAAUGCCCCAAGUACUUCAAACCAACCUCCUGCCCCCCUUGCUCCUAUGGAUCCACCUCAUUCAGUCACGAAAGGGCGCAGCCGCAGCAAGCGCUUCAAAUCAGCCCUGGAACUACACCCUAAGAAAAAGAACAAGUGCAGCAUUUGUGAAUCAAUCGAUCACACUGCUGCGACGUGCCUAGGGAAGUUGAUGUGAUCGUUACCACAUGAAGGGAAUGACCUCCUGGGCUUGCAAAACUAGCGGAAAGUAAGGAAAAAAAGAGCAAACAGUGUCCUGGUAGAUGAAGCAAUUGAGGUCUGGUUUCUGAGCAAAUGUAGAAGGGAAAUCAAGCAACUGCCAGCUUCAAGAAAAAAGCAAACGAUGAAAUCAUUUGCAUGGACUUGUUUUAAUUUAUGUGUUUUCCUAGCUUUAAAUUCACAAAUUGGAGACUGUGUGGAGGUAGAUGCUUGACAUUUGUGCUUAUAUUCCUUACUCGUAAAACAUGCAAAAACCUAUGGGCGCUUGUGAUUUAUGCAAACAUGUUAUAGGUGGUU